CCUUCUUCAUCAGUACUGUCUCGGUCGAUCAUAUAAAUAAUUACAAACCCAACCUCGAGGCCAGAAAGAAAUUAAGAGAGUCGACAGAUGAGGUCGCUAUUCGAUUUCUCCAGGGUAUUAGAUUGGGUGACCAAAAUGUAUGGCUACAUAUCGUUGCUGGACGUGAUCCUGGCCUUGUUGGGCUUAUUCGUGUUCAGCUGCGCGGUCGAGAAGUUCAUGAGCAAGGGCCGGCGGCCCAUGGUGUGGCCUGUCUUCGGGAUACUGCCUUCGGUGCCUUCUAAACCGGAGAAGAUCUACGACUGGUCCACUCAGGCCCUGAUCGGGUCUGGCGGCACGUUCCCGUAUAGAGGGAUGUGGUUCGGUGGCGCUUAUGGAAUUGUAACCUGCAAUUCCGUCAACAUCGAGUACAUGCUCAAGACUAGGUUCCACAACUUCCCCAAGGGCCAGUACUACAGGGACCGGUUUCGGGACCUGCUUGGGGGUGGGAUAUUUAACGUGGAUGAGGUCCCAUGGAGGGAGCAGAGGAGGCUCGCCACCUCCGAGAUGCACUCGGCCCGGUUCGUGGACCACUCGUACCGGACAAUGCAGGAGCUAGUACACCAGAAGCUAUUGAAGCUCCUAGAGAAGCUUGCGGGCACGGGGGACCAGAUCGAUUUUCAGGAUUUGUUGCUGCGGUUCACGUUCGAUAAUAUUUGUACGGCAGCUUUUGGAGUGGACCCAGGCUGCCUCGCACUGGAACUGCCCGACGUCCCCUUUGCCACCGCCUUCGAAAUGGCCACAGAGUUGACCCUAUUUCGAUUCCUGCUGCCUCCAUUUGUAUGGAAGCCCAUGAGAUACUUCGGGCUAGGGUACGAGGGGCGGCUCAAGAAAGCCCUUAAGGUUGUGCAUGAAUUUGCUCACAAGACAGUCCAAGACCGACGGGCCGAAAGGACCAAGCUCGGGAGCUUGCGCGACCGCUCUGACCUCCUGUCCAGGCUCAUGGAACGGCCAGAUAACUUCUCCGACAGGUUCCUUAUGGAUUUCUGCGUGAGUUUCAUACUUGCAGGGCGGGACACGAGCUCUGUCGCUCUGGUGUGGUUCUUCUGGCUAGUCUAUGAACACCCAGAUGUCGAGUCUAGGAUCCUGCAUGAGCUCCAGGAGAUCCUAUCCCUCCGUGGGACUGCAAACAAAGAAAAAUCAUCGUCGGAGGAAGUGGUCUUUACGACACAAGAAUUGAACAAGAUGGUUUACUUGCAAGCGGCAUUGUCCGAGUCCCUGAGGCUGUACCCUGCCGUUCCGAUGGAGAUAAAGGAGGUGUUGGAGGACGACGUGCUUCCGGAUGGUGCAGUCGUGAAGAAGGGCGCCCGGGUUCUGUAUUGCAUCUUCUCAAUGGCGAGGAUGGAGAACCUAUGGGGGAAGGACUGCUUGGAGUUCAAGCCGGAGAGGUGGAUGAGAGAUGGGGAGUUUGUGGGCGAGAGCCCGUUCAAGUACGCGGUGUUCAACGCGGGGCCGAGGCUGUGCAUCGGGAAGAAGUUCGCGUACAUGCAAAUGAAGAUGGUGGCGGCCUCGGUGCUCCUAAGGUACUCCAUCAGGGUGGCCAAGGGCUCCUGUGCAAUCCCAAAGAUGACCACCACACUCUACAUGAAGUACGGGCUGCCCGUGACCGUGCAGCCCAGAUCGAACCUGUGACAUUGUAGACCUCGACAUGUUUACUAUCAAGUUCAUCACCGGCAAUUUCUCGAUGUAACUUCUUGUUGCAACAUAUAAUGCUUACCGGACAGGUUGCCUAUGAUGCAAUUCGUUCGUGCGUAAAUUUCGUAUUCAAGUAAGUCGUUUUUAAUUUUUCCUGGUUCAAAUUUGGUUGUGUGUUCAUUCUAAUUGUCCCCUAUUGGAACGAAGCACGCAUAUCUAGUUUGUAAAUGAUGCAUGAACUGUUGGAUCA